UUUGCAAUGUUACACAAUACCAUCUGGAGACAUUAUAGCCAGCCAUAUUCUCAUAAAACCGGAAAGAACAUUGAUAACAACAGUCUGUAGGUCACCAGUCACCGAGCAACAUCCCACAACGCAUUUACGCAAGAGAAUCACCAAUAAUGAAUAUUUCGUUUGAGGGGAAGAGAAUAUUGGUCACUGGUGCAGGUCAAGGAAUCGGUAGGGAUCUUUGCCUGCGUCUGUCCAAGUACAAAGCCACAGUCAUAGGAAUAUCUCGAACCAAGAAACAUCUGGACACUUUGAAAAUUGAAGACCCCAAGAUAAUCCCAUUGGCAGUGGAUCUGAGAGAUUGGGAUGCGACAAGAGACGCCGUGAGUAGCAUUCUACCGAUCGACAUGGUCGUCAAUAACGCCGGUGUUGCAACCCUGGCCCCAUUUCUACAACUCACACAGGCGGAUUUUGAUCUCACCAUGGAUGUGAAUGUCAAAGCGGUUUUCAAUGUCUCGCAAAUAGUCGCUGAGGACAUGAUUAAACGAAAUUACGGAGGGACUAUUGUCAAUGUUUCCUCACAGGCUAGCCAGGCUGCCAUCAAGGAUCAUGCAGUUUACUGUGCAUCGAAAGGUGCUCUUGACAUGCUCACAAAAACGAUGGCAUUGGAAUUGGGCCCACAUAAAAUUCGAGUUAAUAGUGUGAAUCCAACAGUAGUUAUGACGGCAAUGGGAAAACUUGGCUGGGAGGAUCCAAAGAAGGCGAGAGCUAUGAUAGAAAAAAUUCCUCUCGGCAGAUUCGCUGAGGUUGACGAAGUCAUAGACGCAAUUGUUUACUUGUUGAGUGAUCGGAGUAGCAUGAUAACAGGAACCAUGCUCCCUGUGGACGGUGGAUUUCUCGCGACAUAGUCAUUUUUGACUGCUCGCUUGGCAUAAAGUGAAUGUCAAAGUGAUGUAAUAAUUCCAAACGAAUUGAUAAUUAUCUCAAUGAAUAAAUGAAUGAAAAAUAGUGGAAAAACUCGCCGACUUUGCGAGAAAAUAACAGCGACGUUUUCCCCUUUUGUAUGCCCUAUCUUUGAUAUUAUCCACAAAGUCGAAUUCUCCAUUCUACCUUUCCUUUUUCAUUUGUUGAGCUGCUUUGUACAUCUGAGGAGAGUAAUAACGGUUGCAACCCCUCGACCGCAUUUAUACUUUCAUAAUAAUAAAUUUAUUUUCCUCUUCA